GCACGCGGAACACAUUCAGUCCGGACAUACCAACAUACUAGUACUAACGACAUGUACCGACAGAUCGGACAAAGUGGAAUACAUCAUGAUACAGUCAAACCCUGCACCACUACUUCAAAAGAACUUUCAAACGGCAUUCUAUCUGUUUGCCGUAUAAGAGGCUUAUAAUUGCCUUUGUUUUCCAUAAACAGUUUGUGGUGUGUUCUGGUUGUCGAGUUUUCAUUUUAAGAGGAUUUGUGUUUCAUGAUUUUUGGUUCAAUAGUUUUUUUUUUUAUCACCGACUAGUCUAUGAUGCUGAUAACAACUGUCGAGGGAGUUCAGGACAAUCCGAAGUGGCUUGGUUUGAAUGAUUUACCAAUGAUUCCCAAAGCUUGGUGAUGAUAGAUGUUACCUGGAGAUUUAAGCCUCAAGCUUUAUGCCAUUAGGGAGAUUGCUAGAAAUGAUUGCAUGCCUGGUGAGGAAUAAUUCAUCAUACAACACACAUAUAUAAUCGUUGCGCCACAAGAGGCCUUGAUACUUGAAGAUAACUUCUUCAUUUUUAAGGAUUUUUCUUUCUCAAUUGCAGUUUCUAUACUGGGACUAACCAAGGACGUUUAUAUUCGGUUGUUAGAAUCCUAAGUCAAUACACCGAGCAGUUUAUCCCACUCCAAGUACAGAGUCUGAUGACGUCACGUCGUCCUUUUGCCAGGAGUCGAAUUGUUGGAGAUCUGCCAGUGCUGACGAACAUGGACAAACGUUACGUGAAGGUGUCGAUAUUCCUGCUCCCGUUCGUUCUGUACACUGCGGUGAUGUUAAAGAUGCUAGACAAUGCUUGCCAAACGGAGAUACUCCGGAAACACGCCACUCCUCCCGACGUGUUCCCACGGGAACAAAGUCAUAACUCUACACUCUUACUACACUCGGUAUUAAGAAAAUACGAAGCCAUAGACAGACAGAGAACCAAGCUAUCAGAGAUGCUAAACAAACUCUUAUCGGAUGAAUCCCCCGAAGCUCUCGCCUCCAAUGAUCUCGCGGUGCGAUACUUCAACACCAGGAAUUUGCGAGAUUUGAAAGGUUUUGAUAAAAUCGGCAGUAAAAUUGAACAGCCGAUUGUAACAAAAGCUAAGUAUGUAUUCAACUGUACAAACAUUCAUCAGAUUAAGUUAAUAAAGAAAGUCGGACACGGCGUUUCAAAACAAGCAUUCCUUGGAAAGUUCAAAGGUCAACCAGUGGCGGUAAAAAUGGUAACACGUCAUCAAAAAGAGGUGCGACAGUGUUUGGAGGGCAUUCGUGAAAAGGGUAUGGAAUGGGACACAUUCCAGCGGUCCAGGUGUUUCGUAUUUCCAACGAUGAAACUAAUGAAAGAAAUAUUACUACUAGAACAACUUGAUCAUCCGGGCUUUGUUCAGUUGCUAGGUUACUGUGUUCGUAGUGAGGAGAGCGACAGUACAGACAUGUCGGAACAUGGGGUGGUGGCUAUAUACGAAUACGGAGAAAGAUUCGUGUUGGAUAAUCUUCAGUUUUUACCGAUGAAGGCUAAACUUCGUAGGGCUGUUAAUUUAGCUAAAUUUUUAUAUUAUUUAGAGUAUUCGCCGUUAGGAUCUCUUCGCAUCAAGGAUUUUAAAGAAGGUCAUUUUUUAUUAGUGAAUUCUUCUUUAAAGAUGAUUGACCUUGACGAUGUAGAUAAUAUCGAACCUUCCUGUGAUAUAUAUUCAGACAGUGAUCAUAUGACUGAAAAUCCUAAAAUUCAUUAUCGCACGUGUGAAUACGAUAUUCAGUGUCAAAUGGGAUUAUGUAUCGGUUAUAAUGCAAAACAGAAUUUGAAAUCUAUGAAUAGACUGUUCUUUAAAAGACUGUUAUACCCUUCAUCAUACCCCUCUACUAUUGUCGAGUCUUUAUCACAUGUCAACACACGUCUUGAAAUGCUCAGCAUCACUGCGCUAGAACUGAUAGAGUUUCUGGAGGAGUCCCUAUCACACCUAUAGACACAAACAAAUGGCGACCGAUUGUAUAAAUCUAAUUACUAUAGAUCUGCAAUCAGCCGAGUCGAGAAGAGAUGAGAAUUUUAUAUAAUUACCUUUGUAGUAGAACAUUGUUAGCCUGCUGGAAGACGUCGGACCCUGUUGCGGUAACGAUCCGGUAUCGACUGUUGUAUCUUUCCUAUAUACUGAGGAGAAUAACUUUUUUCCUCAUGAGUCAUACACAUUACAAACUCGUCGGCAAAAUUCUUACCUGUCUGUAAAAUCGUCUCUGAAUAUAACAUAUGCAUCUGUGGUUGUAAUUCAUAGAGGAGACUAAUGUGAAUCAAUUACAGAGGCGACUGAUGUGAAUCAUUGUGGAUAAUAUUGAAUUUGUUGUAAAGAAAUUCCUAAAUGCAAUAUUCAUAAUCAUAUACCGACAUUCGUAUAAUGUAAACAAAUAGUAUUUGUAACAAAAUAGCCUUGAUAUUACAUCCAAUAUAUAUAACAAAUCUUACAUGUUAUAUAUCGCAUUUUAGUUGUUCAGCGAACAGAAUGUUCAACUUAAGUCAAGAUGAUUUCAUUUAAUUUUUUUCGGCACCACUUUUCACA